AUGGGGCCCUGCAGCAGCCCAGGCCUGGGGCUCCCCAGCGCAGAGCUGCCCUCUCAGCCCCCCAAGAGGAGGAAGAAGAGAUACCUGAGGCAUGACAAGCCGCCCUACACCUACUUGGCUAUGAUCGCGUUGGUGAUCCAGGCGGCGCCCUCCCGCAGGCUGAAGCUAGCCCAGAUCAUUCGCCAGGUCCAGGCGGUGUUCCCCUUCUUCAGGGACGACUACGAGGGCUGGAAGGACUCCAUCCGCCACAACCUCUCCUCCAACCCAUGCUUCCGCAAGGUACCCAAGGACCCCGCGAAGCCUCAGGCCAAGGGCAACUUCUGGGCGGUGGACGUGAGCCUGAUCCCCGCCGAGGCGCUGCGGCUGCAGAACACCGCGCUGUGCCGCCGCUGGCAGAGCCGGGGCGCGCGCGGCGCCUUCGCCAAAGACCUGGGCCCCUACGUGCUGCACGGCCGCCCCUACCGCCCGCCCGCGCCCGCGCCCGCGCCCGCGCCGCCCGCCCGCGAGGGUUUCAGCAUCAAGUCCCUGCUCGGGGAGCCGGGGGAGGCGGCGGGCCGAACGCAUCCCACGCCGCCCCGGCCCUCGGAGAGAACCAGCGCGGCGGUCGGGGCGACCUCCCCGGGGAGCGCGAGCGGGCGCUCCCCCGAGCCGGCGCCCUGGCCCCUCCACUUCGCGCAGGGCGCCCCGGACCCGGAGGCAGCCCCCGGCUGGGGGCAGCUGCCCACCUCCUACCUGCCCAUCUACACCCCCAACGUGGUAAUGCCCCUGGCGCCCCCGCUGCCAGCUCCCUCCUGUCCCCAGUGCCCAGCCUCCACCAGCCCGGCCUACUGGGGGGUGCCUCCUGACCCCCACGGCCCCCCGCGGCUGCUCUGGGACCUGGAUGCGCUCUUCCGGGGGGUGCCGCCCAACAAGAGCAUCUACGACGUGUGGGUCAGCCACCCCCGGGACCUGGCGGCGCCCGCCCCCAGCUGGCGGCUCUCCUGGUACCGCCUGUGA